AUGGCCACAACCGACGCUGACCUGCUCAAGAUGAUGGACAAGUUGAGGAAGGAGAACAACCAGCUGAAGUUGGAAAACAGUCAGCUGUUCAAGGAGCUGGACAUACUCAACAGAAAAGUGAGGACCAAGUUUGGCAGACCGGAGACGACGCUCCAUACACUGAUGGAGGCAAACGACGUGGCCUACACCAUCAACUCGGAGCUCUCCUACUCCAUUCCCCUCUCUGCGUUCAUGGACAAGUUCUACAAGAUGUACCCCGAGUCGCAGGCGCGGCUCGAGGUCUACGAGAGGCGCGGCAGGCAGUGCUCCUUCGCCGUUCCUCUCGAACGUGGCCACCUCGGCGGACCACACAGAGCAAUCACCCGCUCGGGUGGGCGCUACGAGCAAUUGAUCAGAGGCUGGCUCGGGCAGCUGCCGCCGCCGCCGGCGCUCCUGACUGCCGCUCAGCCCGAGCUCUCGGUUCUCCCCACCACCGUCACCAAACAGUUUGCGAGGGACCUGCCGUCGUUGAUUAGGAUCAACGGGAAGGGCGUGCAGGGAUCCUCGGACAACGAGAAGGUCGUGACGGCCUACAACAUGCUACUUGAGGCCACCAACCACAACGAAAUGCUUACACAGAAGUUGAUGGAGGUAGCCAACCAGAACCUUGGUAUCCUCCUCUACGAGGACCUCGUUAACCACUACUCUGAAAGCGGCUUCUUGGUCAAGCAGACGUGGUACCACUACCUGGACAUCACUUUCCCACUACCAAGCAAGCACAAGUUGAAUCAACCCUCCGAGAGCGAGGUGAUGAUCUACAUGCUGGCCAUUUUCGAGCUACAGAGCAGCGACUUGGAGAAUAACCCGCCCCUCUUCGUCAAGUCCAUGCUCGAGCUGGCCUUCGCCCUGAGCGACCACACUCUAUCGGGGUCUUCUCCUCCCGCGCCCCCCGGCUUCCUGUCGGUGCCACCCGCGGACGACAAGAACGAGCGAAUGGUGAACGCCGUCUUCUCCACGCCCACCUUCAACAUCCUGCCCUUCCUCCACUCGGUCGACCUCGAUGACGAAGAGCCCGUCGCGAGUCCACCAUCCACCUCUCCGUCCUAUCUGCCGCUGCCUUCCGAACCCAGCGAGUAG